AUGACGCCCGGCUCGGGACCCGCUUUGCCCACCAACGGCGUCCGAACGACCCACGGCACCUUCUGUCGGACGCCGCCUCGGCCCCCGCCACCGUCCCCCUCUCCCGAGGCUCAGGUACCCUCCCCGCCCCACAACUCGGGAUCUAUCUUUGGAACCGAUCGCAACGUGCGCGUCCGCGUGCGCCUGCAGACUGGUGGCGCACAGAUAUCUCCAGCAGGGUCGACAUGGACUCCUCGGCGGGUCGCGAUGUACAACCCCUGGCACCCACCUCCUGCACCGCCCGCGUUCGGCGAGGAUAAGGUCGUGCCCGGAGAGCGCGCCUCGCUCCUCUCCAAGCUCGUCUUCGCGCGGCUCGGGCCCUUCCUCGCUGUCGGCUUCUCGCGUCCUCUCUAA